UAGCAGGGUCGCGAUGAGAGUUCCUUCUACACUUUGCCAGAAGGGUUCGAAGAAAGGAAGGAAAAGUCAUCUCGUCGGAGAAUCUCCUGCGAUUUGAAAACAUCCAAGACCCUCGAUCGUCAAUCAUCGUGAAAGCACCGGCGAAAAGGCAGCCAUGGAGAAGUGCAUUGCUAGCAUUCUCUUAGUGACUGUGCUACAAGCCACUAUCCUCGUACAAGCCGACCCCGUUGUCAACUACUACCUCAACACGGACACGAGCACUCAGGACAACGAGACUCAACCGGCGACCCCGUCCAAGUCGUCUGGCACCGCGGCUGCCACCUCCUCCGGCAAAAUCAAUCUGACAAACUUUGGCGGGGACGUAUCACCAGAGUGGAUCAAGUGUGCCUCCAUUACAGGUGUCCAGAGCCUGCUGCCCGUUGUUCCAGGCAACGGCUGGGACUCUCUGAAUAGUCAGAACAUGGCCCAGGCCAUCGCGCUGUCCUACAAGCAGUGCAAGACCACGCCGGAUCUGCAGUACGUCAUCCCGGACAGCGUCACGGUGGUGCCGCUCAAGGAGAGCACGGUGCAUCAAUUCUCUGAAGUGUUCAGGCAUUUCUCUGACUAUACGGACAUCUUGUCAGGCGCAAUGCACCUUGACGUCUCCUACGGAAAGUUCUCCGGCAGUUUCGAUGUUGGUUAUCAGAAGAACAAAAAGGAACAGGUGACCAAGAAAUCCUCCACAACCCGAACACAGAUCCGCCACGAGUUCUACAAGGUCGAGGUGAAGGCUGAUUCGCAGCUCUCCCAGACGCUGAAGAAUCGCCUGCUGAACAUCGGCGAGCUUAUGUUGAGCAACAUGACGGCGGCUGCUGAGUAUGAAAUGGAACUGAUCAUCCGCGAUUUUGGUACACACGUUAUUCGCUCGACUACGGCCGGUGGCGUGUUUGUGCAAGAAUCGCAGAUUUCAAAUAAAUUUGUGGAGGCCUUAGAGAGCUCAGAUGUAACAGUCGAAGCUGCAGCCUCGUUCAACUUUGUCGCGAAGGUUGGAUUCAAGUUCAACUUCAAUUUGAACAAAACAGUCGAGACCCAGUUCAGUGGCAACACAACACAAUCCACUACCAGAACGUACGGCGGUCCAGCCUACAGGCCGGAAAUGCUUGUCAACGAGUGGGAAGAUGGACUGCCUGCUAAUCUCGUCACCAUAGACCGGAGUGGUAGCCCCAUCCAAGAACUCAUCUCGGAGUUCACGCUUCCCGAACUGCCAGCGCCCAUUGUCAGAAGGAUGGCGAUCGACCUUGACAGAAUUGCCCAGGCCUACAUUGACUACAACACACAUCCCGGUUGUCUCGACACGAAAUCACUCAACUUCGACUACCAGGCUAACCUUGCCGAUACCUCGCUUUGCACUCUGGCAAAGAACACGUACCAUCUGGGUGGGGUGUACGUUACCUGCAGUGUCCAGGGCACCGACACUAAGCAUGUGUGCGAGGGUCUGCAACAGAAAAACCCGCUCACAGGCGACUACUCGUGCCCAGCAGGCUACGGUUCAGUCCUUCUGCACACGGGAACGCACAACAUCAACUACCCCAAUACCAAGUGUCAGAGGCUGAUCUACACGUGCGGCUACCAGAACCAUCAGAUUUGCUCGCGCAGGAUUUGUAACCAGAACUUCCAAUCAGCCACGGCAAUCUAUCAAACGCAUUGGUGCGUGAGAGUCGGCUCUCAGGCAACGAGUGGAUACUACUUCGGUGGUUUGUAUACCUACCGUCGUGCCAACCCGGCCACGGGAGGUGAAUCGUGCCCAGCCGACUACUAUGCCCUGAAAAUGGGUUUCGCGCUGCGAAUGUGCAUCAGCACGCUUUCAUCCGCUACCAAAGCCACAGCAGUGGAGUUUGGAGGAUUCUUCAGCUGUCAGGCUGGCAACCCCCUUGUGUUUGUUGACCCAGGCAAUCCAACGCCACUGGAUACGCUUGGUUUUGGAAAGCUGACUGGUUCCAGCGCGUGGCCGAAGACCUGUCCGACUGGCUAUGUCAAGCACCUGGCUGAAGUGAACAACGGCUGCGAGAUGUACUACUGCGUGAAGGUGCGCAGCUUUGCAUCGGACUCCACCAUCCUGCUGCACCGUCCUCCCUACGGCAGGGCCUACCCGCAGCCCAGCAAUUCCACCAUCGACACACAGUCCAUCCAAGGACCUGGAGGGCGUGCAUGGUACAAGAACCUCACCUCCGGAGAUUGGGAGAAGGAGGUGAUAGCCCGUAUCGAGCCUGAGCGAUUGGACAGUACUUCCGAACUGUCGAUCGAUUCCGGACUGUCGGGCAAUUCUGGAUUGUCGAGCGAUUCCGAUGAUUCCUCGCCGAUUCCCAACACCGGCAUCAUUGUGGCAGUGGUGAUCGUCUCGUUGCUGGUCGUUAUCGUGAUUGUCGCCGUUCUCUACAUCUUCAUCCGCCACAGGCACUUGAGACCGGGCGGCCAUCAUCACCAUGGGCACGACCAUCACCACGGCCGCCAUCAUCACCAUGGACACCAUCACCAUGGACAUGGAGAUGAUCAGGAAGGCGUUGUCGGAAAUAACGCUGCUGCUCCUGAUCAGUAGGUACAUAUAUGCCUAAAAUCUCGUGCCAAAUGUUCACAACUUGAAAAAGGCAAGGGCAACCUAUUUCACUUUGAGUCUUUUAGCUGUUGCACCUACCUAUCCUUGGAGUUAUCGGAAUUCUUUGGCACCUGCACUAGUUAAGCGUUAGUGAGCUCUCUAUAUAUUUUUUCAAUUCUGCUUCAUUUGUGCCUGAUUUGCACUCAACCCAAUAGUGGCUGGCAGUGGCCAGCUUUAGCUCUCUGUCCGCCUGUCUGUACGCAGGGUAAAUCUAGUAUCGCUUGCCACGUUGCCGUAUGUCCAGACAAGAAUGUAUCCGUAACCGACUUGUUCAUUCUUCCACUGUCCAUACUGUCUAUAGCUUAUACUUUCCGUGCGGAAUUAUAAUUUGUUUCCGUUAAAUUCCACCACCCGAAGCUGCGUUCGUCUCCCCCUAGCUAGGUCUACCCUAUUCGUAAAUUCCCCUUUCUUUUCCGCCUACUCCACGUGGCUCCAACUGCCUCCCAGUGUUAAACAAGCUCCAGAUAUGCCCAAAUUCGUACCCUCGUCAGACAGCACUUCAGUAUCUCCCAGUAAAUCAAUCACAGUCACCACUUCCGCUGCAUAGCUCGCUGAGCAUCCCAUUGCUUUGUAAGUUGCUAAUCCCUUCCCACUUUGUGUACGUGCUCUUCAUUUUCUUUUUUCUCUUCUUCCGUGGUUGGUCUCACCCUCUCCUCAAUUCAAUUGGCUGUCUUGAUAUGCCACGAGGUGCAGAAAUAAAUAUAUAAAUAAAUAAAUAAAAUGAAUUUACGCUUUCCAA